AUGUCUAUUAAUAAUCUUUCGUCAGUUUUGAAGUCUUGCUCUGAGGGUGAGUUGAUUAAUGAGGUUGCUGAGACUUGCAUGACACAAAAACAGGUGGAAGGAUCCCGAUUGAAACGUACUUUUACUUUACCUCGUAAUCCUUUUGGGACAAUCAAACCUAGCUCCAGUAGAAACAAAGGUAUUGAAAGCGACAAUAAGUCUACAACUGGCAUAAUUAUUGGAGCAUCGCAAAAAGAUGAAGGAACUGUUGAAAGGAAGUUAUUUAGAAGGCCAUCAUGGAAGAUUUUCUUGAAUAAGAUAGCGCAGCAUAUGAGCACUGUAAAUGUAUCAGGAGUUAAAACAGUGCCCACAAUUAUAAAUAAUGAACGAGUGCCCUGCAGUGGCGAUCCGCCAUGGCCGCCAGGUGCAACGCCUGCUGCAACUGGAAUUAAAAAUCAUGGCAACACUUGCUACAUGAAUGCAGUUCUUCAGUGCCUUUCACAUACUGAUGUUAUAGCUGAAUAUUUUGUUUUAGAUCACUAUAAGGUCGAUUUACAAAAAAGAAAUAAAAUAAACUCAAAAAAGUAUGGCACUCGUGGUGAAGUUACAGAACAAUUAGCUGCUUUACUGAAAGCACUUUGGUCAUGUCGAUAUACUCCAGAUAUGAGUAUUACAUUCAAGAGUGCAGUUGAAAGGCAUGGCACACAAUACCGAGGAAGCAGCCAACAUGAUGCACAAGAGUUUCUGUUUUGGCUUCUUGAUAAAGUGCAUGAAGAUUUAAAUACUGCCACAAAGAAAAAGUAUAAAACAAUCAAGAACACAGGUGGCAAGUCAGAUGAGGUGGUAGCUGCGGAAACAUUAGCAAACCAUGCAAGAAGGAACAGUUCAUUUGUACAGACAGUUUUUCAAGCUCAGUACAGGUCAGCGUUGACAUGUGCCAAAUGUGAGCGCACGUCGUGUACAUUUGAUCCAUUCCACUGCGUCAGUGUGCAGCUUCCUACGAGACUCAAUACAGUACAACCAUCUCCAUUACCAGUUAACGUCGUAUAUGUAAACCAGCAGCCCCGUCAGGUUCGAAUCGGCGUAGAGCUGGCGCCGACCGCAACGAUGGAUGACUUGCGAACAACACUUCAUAACGAUACCGGCAUUGACCGAGACCAUAUUAUACUUACUGAGAUUAGUGAAACAGGGUGGUGCACCGCUCGCGCUGGAUGGGAGGUGGCCGGAAUGGACUUUGGUGCGCUGUAUUGUCUGGAGGCACCUCCAUUACUGCAGACUCCAACGACGCCGUACCUGCUUAUACUGUGGAUCAACCUCCUCAACGGUGAACGUUUCGGGUCGCCGUACGCGAUGCAGGUGGCGCGCGAGGUGGCGUACGAGGACCUGCAGAAGCUGCUGCUGAAGGAGAUGAGCCAGGUGGUGGCCGAGCGCGUGCUGGAGCGCGCGCAGGGUGCCGACAUCUUCCGCGCACGCCUGGCCGACGCGCGCCCGCGCUCCUUCCUGCAGCCCGAGCUGCCGCAUCCGCUUUUUGCUCUUGACGUAGAGCAAGUGUUGUGUGCUCACGACAAACACCCGCAUCUACGACUCGAGUUGCUCUGGGAUCCCGCACACAGAGACAGCAUCAUCCGCGAGGCGGGCGAGGCGUGCGAGGUGCACGUGUCGGCCGCAGGCGGCGCUGCGGGCGGCGCGGGGGGCGGGGCGGGCGGCGGCGGGAGCACGCUCACGUUGCACGCCUGCCUCACGCACUACACGCGCGCCGAGCACCUCGCGCAGGAGGACGCAUGGAGAUGCCCUCAAUGCCAAAGAUACAUGCCAGUGGUAAAAACACUUGGGCUUUGGUCGCUUCCGGAUGUCUUAGUUAUACAUCUGAAGAGAUUUCGACAGCAGGCCAAAGGUCGCACUAGCACAAAGUUGACGACUAUGGUAGAAUUCCCUUUGAAUGAUCUUGAUAUGACACCACAUCUAGUCCGAAGGAAUUCGUCGAACAAUGAAUCUCCGGGUCACUCGCGGUCACCUCGACGGCGUCACUCUAAAGUAGCCGCUACCAAUCCGCAAGACAAUAUUUAUGAUUUGUACGCCAUUUGUUACCAUCACGGUGACGACCUUGAAACUGGGCACUACACGGCAGCUUGCAAGAAUCCUUACGACAAUCGCUGGUACAAGUUUGAUGAUUCGAGAGUAACUCCAGUCGACGAGGAGAAUGCUUACGCCGAGCUUGUUAACAACACUGUGUACAUGCUGUUCUAUAAACGUAAAAAACCUCGCGUAGUUCAUUCGAGUUCCACCAACGAUAAAGAACAUUGGGCCCUGUUAAUGCCGAAGUACGUAAAACCGACCGGAGAAGCUCUCAACGAACUUACAGAAGUGAAGGAGGAAGUUGAAGACUGCAAAAGUGAAUCACGUAACGAUUCUGAAUCUGAGGAUGUCAAACGGAGACCCUCAAUAUCUGAAAGCGUUCUGAGUUUACCUGAUGAUAAUGUAACCGAAAUAAUUAUUCCUGAUAAUCCUGUAACUCACAAUACGGCUACAAUCAUCCAGUCUCCCUCUCUCCGAAGGCCAGUGAUUGUUGAAGUGAAUGGAAAUGUAACAAAUGAAGACCUGAGCGAUUAUGAGAACGAAUCUACGGUUCACACCGAGCCAUACAUUCACAAAGACGUCCAUGUCAAUCCAAAAAUGACGCCGGUCGAUUCUAGAAGGCCACGUUCCGUUGACUAUCCGUCUAGAAUGAGUACGUCGCCUUCUAAUGGAGAUGGGAAUAGAAAUUACGAGAGCUCACCACUGAUGGCCAGUAUAAACGGCGUCGAAUAUCAUCCAACCACCGAGGACUUGAUGCUGUCCAUGUUCCAAGAGUCCAAGUAUAUUGUUCCGAGACACGGCAAUCAUGUCGCCGGGGAAUCUCAUAGAGCAGGUGAAAAGUCUUCCGUUUGGAAAACUCGAAUAUCCACAUGA